UUCUAAAAAAAUAAUAAUAGUUCUAAAUCUAAAUAGUUGUUUGAAUAAUACACACUGACUUAUUGGAUUUUUGGACUCAUAUAUACCUUUCAAUGAGUUCUAUACUUCGAUCGAGAUAGUGACGUUUAUGAUGAUUUUCCUGAAAUAAGAAAAGAGAAAGAGAGAGCUCUCAUUAAGUUGUGUUUAGAACCUUGAAUUCACUCGCGAGCAAAUUGUCAAGUUUGCGAUAAAUUCUUUGUCUAAUGUGCAUAGCUACUGCGUUAUUUAGUUAGACAAUAUAUUUUUACUGUUAAAAGAAGAUAUCACAGAUAUAGUAGUCAAGAGGCUAUACUUUGUGUCUACUCUAUAUAUCACUGUCUUUACAAGUACUGAACAACGUGGCUGUUUUAAUACGAUCUUGAAACUUUUCUCGUAUAUUGAACAAGAAUGAACUGAGUAUCACUGCGAUUAAAGAAGUUUAACUAUGGACAAGAAUAAAAGAAUUGAAGUGGAAAAUCCACGAGAGCAUGCUGGUAUCUUCUCCAUUAUUACAUUCAAGUGGAUACUAAACACUUUUUUACUUGGAUAUAAAAGAGAGUUGCAAGAGACCGAUUUAUAUUCGCCAUUGAAAGAGGAUGAAAGUAAUCUUCUGGGAGAUCGCAUUUUUAAAAUUUGGGAAGAUGAAGAAAGAAAAUGUCGAGAGAGAAAUGACGGAUCUGUACCACGAUUGUAUAUAAUAUUGAUAAAAUGUUUUGGAAAAAGUAUUAUGUUACUUGGAAUUGCUUUAGCAUUUUUAGAGUUUUUUAGCAGAAUUGUUCAACCAUUGAUACUCAGAAACUUGUUGCAUCUCUUAAACACAAAAAAAGAAGUAAAUUCAGAAAUGUAUUAUUAUGCUGCUGGGUUCAUCUUAUUUCCCUUCAUGGACUGUUUCAUUUUCCAUUUAACUUUGCAAGAAUUAAUGCACUUUGGAAUGAGAAUAAAAGUAGCCUGUUGCUCUUUGAUUUAUAGAAAGAUACUCAAAUUGUCUAACUCUGUUUUUGGAAAUGGAACAUCGGCUGGACAAAUGGUUAAUCUUAUGAGUAAUGAUGCCAAUAGAUUAGAUUAUAUAACACAUAGUAUUCAUUAUUUAUGGAUCGGUCCAGUUCAAACAUUAAUUGUUGCCUGUGUGCUCUAUUGGCAAUUAGGACUAGCUCCAGUUGCAGGUUUAACCCUGUUUUUAUUUUUUAUUCCCCUUCAAUGGUACAUUGGAAAGAAAGCAUCUAAGCUAAUGCUCUUGUCAGCUCAAAGAACAGAUGAAAGAUUGCGUUUAAUGAAUGAGCUGAUAACUGGUGUACAGAUUAUAAAAAUGUAUGUUUGGGAAAUACCAUUUUCGCGAAUCGUCGAGAAAAACAGGAAGAAGGAAAUGAAUACGAUAAAGAAAUACUCCAUUGUCCAACAGAUAGGAAUGACAUUUGAGUCUUAUAUACCACGAAUCUGUUUGUUCAUCUCGAUUAUGACAUACGUUGUUACCGGUAAUUACAUUACUGCAGAGCAAGUCUUCACAAUAACGUCGUUCUUCAACAUCGUUCGAAAUUCUAUGACUGUUGGAUUUCCUUUAAGCAUUCAUCAACUAGUUGAAGGUUUGGCAUCAAUACGUCGUAUCGAAAAAUUUAUGAUGCACAUAGAAAUUGAGAAAAGCGAGAAAAAGGCUCAAAAUAUUAGAUUAUAUGAAGUGAUAUUGAAGAAUGUAACUGCAAAAUGGAACGAUGAGAACAAAGAGAAUACUCUAACCAGAAUAAAUUUAUCCAUUGAACCUGCUAGUCUAGUUGCAAUCGUUGGAAAGAUAGGUUCUGGAAAAAGCAGUUUAUUACAAAUGAUAUUAGAAGAAUUGCCAGUGCAGGAUGGCUCUUUGCAAAUCAGUGGUAAAGUCGCUUAUGUUAGUCAACAACCAUGGAUUUUUGCUUCGUCAAUCAGACAGAAUAUACUCUUUGGUCAUAUUAUGGAUAAAUCUCGUUACGAGAAAACUAUUCAGGUCUGUCAAUUAAGCGAGGACAUUGCUUCGUUUCCUCACGGUGAUAAAACAAUAGUUGGUGAAAGAGGAAUAAGUUUAAGCGGUGGUCAACGUGCUCGUAUCAAUCUCGCUAGAGCAGUUUAUGCUAAUGCAGACAUUUAUCUAUUAGAUGAUCCACUUUCAGCGGUUGAUGCUCGAGUAAGUAGACGUAUCGUUGAAGAAUGCAUAUGUGGAUAUCUGAAAGACAAGACUAGAAUUUUAGUGACGCAUCAGCUUCAAUUUUUAAAAUCUGCUGAUCAAGUAAUUGCAAUGCACAAUGGCUCAGUUCAGACUCAAGGUGAUUUUAAUACUCUUGAAGCUUCUGGUGUUGAUUUCACGAAGUUUUUGAUGGGAGAAAAGGAACUAGAAAAGAAAGAAGAAUCUAUAAAUGAAGGAAAGAUUAAAGAUUCAAGAAGUAUAUCGAGUGAAAAUAUGAAUGAAAUAUCAUUAAAAGAAUUGCCACCUAUUGAUGUGGUAGAAAUGAGAACAACUGGACAUGUGUCUGCUAAGGUUUACAUCUCUUAUUUCAAGGCAAGCAGAAGUCCUUUAUUGUGUCUAUUGAUGAUCGUAUUAUUCAUUUUUUAUCAAAUGGCAGCUAGUGGUGGCGACUUUUUUGUCGCUUAUUGGGUUAACAUCGAAGAAAAUUCCUGGAUCAUCUCGGAAAAUAAUACGGUUUUAUUUGAUUGGAAAGGACUUCUUAAUCGAACGGAAGUAAUUUACAUCUAUAGUGGACUGACUGCAUUGACAGCAACAGCCGCCUUUCUGCAAAUGUUUUGCUAUUAUGAAGUUUGCAUGCGUUCUUCCAGAAACUUACACGACAAUAUGUUUCGAAGCAUUGUACGAACAAGCAUGCAUUUUUUCAAUAACAAUCCAAUUGGUCGUAUCUUGAAUAGAUUCUCCAAAGAUACUGGUGCCAUUGACACACGAAUGCCUAUCUGUAUGUUCGAUAUUAUAAUUAUUGGUAUUGGACUGAUAGCGAUCAUAGUAAUAGUAGGAAAUAUAAAUCCUUGGCUGCUGAUACCUGCCAUUUUUAUUGCUAUAAUUAUAUAUUUUUUAAGAGAUUUUUAUUUGUCGACUAGUCGUAGCGUUAAACGAUUAGAAGGAAUAACUCGAUCACCGGUAUUUGAUCACGUAAGCGCAACGCUUCAAGGCUUAUCGACCAUUAGAGCAUUAAACGCAGAAAAAAUUCUCAUUAGAGAAUUUGAUAGUCAUCAAGAUCUGCAUUCCUCUGCUUGGUUUAUCUUCUUUUCAGCUUCACGAGCUUUUGGCAUUUACAUCGAACUUGUUUCUUUGGUGUACAAUGCGAUCAUAAUUACAUUCUUCCUUUUUUUGAAGGAUACUGUAGUCAGUGAUGUUGGACUGGUUAUCACACAAAUGUCUCUACUUAUUGAUAUGUUACAAUGGGGUGUAAGACAGACGGUUGAAGUCGAAAAUUUGAUGACCUCGGUCGAGAGAGUUCUCGAGUAUACUCAUUUAAAAGAAGAACCAAUGUUGGACUGUACUCCGAAAUGUAAGCCACCGAAAGAUUGGCCUAAACACGGACGUGUCGAAUUUAAAAACGUGAAACUAAAAUAUGGACCAAUGGAACCAUACAUUCUGAAAGAUAUAACAUUCACAAUAACUCCAAAAGAGAAAAUUGGAAUCGUUGGUCGUACUGGUUCCGGAAAAUCGUCUUUGAUUAAUGCCCUUUUUCGAUUAUCUAGCGUGGAAGGAGAAAUUUAUAUUGAUGAUUUUCCUAUCAGUACAAUAGGUUUGCAUGAUUUUCGUUCCAAAAUUAGUAUUAUUCCCCAAGAACCAAUUCUCUUUAGCGGUAGUCUUCGGCGUAAUUUGGAUCCUUUUGAAGAAUAUUCUGAUCAUAUACUCUGGCAAGCCUUACAGGAAGUUGAGUUAAAACAAAUAAUUGAAGAAAUGGUUGCUGGUCUAAAUUCUCCAGUGUUCGAAGGAGGAAUGAAUUUCAGUGUUGGACAACGUCAAUUACUUUGUUUGGCUCGUGCUAUUAUCAGAAACAAUAAAAUCAUCGUUUUGGACGAAGCGACGGCAAACGUUGAUGUUCGUACGGACUUGCUAAUUCAACAAACUGUUAGAAAUAAAUUUAAAGAUUGCUCAGUUCUUACGAUAGCGCACAGAUUAAAUACGAUUAUGGAUAGUGAUAAGAUACUUGUAAUGGAUACUGGCCGUUUAAUGGAGUUUGAUCAUCCUUAUAUGUUAUUACAAAGUAAAAGUUAUUUUUAUCAUAUGGUACAGCAAACUGGUUCUACAAUGGCAAGUGAACUCAUGGAAAUCGCAAAAAAAAGUUAUUAUAUGAUGGCAGAAAAGCCGACAUCACGAUAACAGUAAUUAUAAGUAGAAGUAAUUUUUUACACUUCACUUUUCUAAAUCUAAGAUAACACUUUAUUCUUUUAUAAUAAGUCAUUUCUAUAUUUUUUAUGUAUACUGGUGUACACUUGUGAAGAAGCGUCUGAUGUAAUUUGGUUUCUUAAUUUAUACAGUUGAGAACGUUUACAUAUCAAAUUUUUCUCAAUCAAACUCUUACUAAAGAUAACUACUUAUUAAAAUUCAUAAACGAAUCUUAAAUGCUUGGAAAUAUUCCAUGAAGAAAAAGUAAUUAUCCCUGCAUUUAUCUAAAUUUAUCGUCACGUAGCAAUAAAUAUAAUAUUGUUAGAUUU